AGUGCUGUGUAGAAUUUGCAGGUCACAACACAGAACUGAGGAAGAGUGGCGUGAUACAGGACAACUCUGAGGGCGUUGAUGGCACACAGGGACCGCUAAGCGUUCACCUGGCAAAAAGACUCAGAUAAUAUACAGUAUUUCAUCCCUUUUCCCAGCCCCGUCAUUGAUGGGAAAUCAACUGGAUCGUAUCACCCACCUAAAUUACAGCGAGCUGCCCACUGGGGACCCAGCGGGGAUAGAGAAGGACGAGUUGAGGGUCGGAGUGGCUUAUUUUUUCGCGGAUGAAGAGGAAGACUUGGAUGACCGAUCGCAGCCCGAGAAUUACAAAGAUCAGAGUCCAAGCAAGGACGGGCACAUAGUUCUAAACGAGAUCGAAUAUUCGGCUUUCUGCUGCCAGGAAUGUAUUUUCUCCAAAUUAAGAGAAAACGAAGAUCUGACUAUUUAUUCCAUAAAAACUCUGCUUACCAUGUGCAAACCCGGGGACCUGGUGGAACUUGUUUAUGUAGCCAACGAUCAGCAACCGCACUGGGCUAUUUACGAGGGGAAAGGUCAUAUCAUUCAUUUGUACAAGGGAGAAAUCCGCAAGGACAGUCUGUAUGAAAUUAGUAAUGGGCGAUUGGGCAGGAUAGUGAAUAACUGGUACAGAUACAGACCGCUCCCAGCCGAUCUGGUCAUGCAGAAUGCGUGCGGGCACCUGGGACUUCGGACUGAUGAGAUCUGUUGGACAAACUCUGAAAGUUUUGCUGCCUGGUGCAGAUUUGGCAAACGGGAGUUCAAAGCCGGAGGGGAGAUACAGACUGCAGAACAGCGAUAUUUUCUUAAGAUUCAUGUAUCUGAAAAUAACGUGCAUAGCUUGAUGUUUCACAGUUUGGAGGAUUUAAUAAGAGAAAAACGCAAGAUGGACGCAAGCGGAAAGUUAAGAGUCAUAAAAGAGUUUCCCAUAGUAAAUGUCAAAGAGGAGAAACACAAUACUGUAACACCUUAAUUGCUUUCAAAAACAUCGUACCUGUUGAGACUUGCAUGCCUCUUGCAAGGGCUGCACCUUUCUUUCGAAGCAUUUUGAUGGUCACAGGACUUGUUCAGAAAUGAGUAUUAAGGGAACGUGCCCUAUUUGCAUGGAUACCAGCUUUCCAAACACAGAAUUAGGAGCUGUCGAGAUGCACCUUUUUAAAUGUCUGUAUUAUUUACAUGGAGUAAUUAGGGAAUUCUGAUUAGCCCUGCAUUCCAGUCGGUAGGUAGUGCCUAUGCUCUUUGGCUCCGACACUCCAGCUUGUAAAUAGACACUAAAUUUGACUUUAACCAGCAACCCUGUAUUUCUGAUGGUACAGACUGAUUCAAGAUGUGUGCUGUUUUCUGUAUUUUCACCACAUAGAGUGGAGAUGGGAGUGGGUCAUUCUUAAAGUAGAUUUAAUACUAGCCAUAAUAAUUUCUUGCUCUGAUAUGAAAAAAAUAAAUGAUCAUUUAUUUCUGUU